GAUAUGUAAUGUACACAUAAGCCAAGAAACUGCUUGGAAUCCAUGAUUCCUCUGCCGACUUGAGAGUGAGGAUGAAGUGUGGAGUUGCACCCCACAUGGCACCUGCAUUACUCAGUAAUAAUAAAAACUCUCCCCGGCAACCAUUUCCCAAGAAUUUCACGGUUUGAAUAAGAGAUUAUUGAACAGGUUUCAGGUCAAAUUAGUCCUUGUGUGAGGGUGAGGCACAUGUUUGAGGAUGAGAUACUUGGAAGAUAAAGCGUGCUACAACAACCAUGGACCAACAGCACAAGAUAACCCAAAUAGCAGUGCAAUGUACUCAGAUUUUCACAAAGGAAACAAUGCUGCCGCCGCGGCUUGCGGUUCUUCCCAUCAACAACACAGAACAACCAUGGGGAAACCAACACCUUCUAAGUGGGAUGAUGCACAAAAAUGGCUUGUAGGAUUGUCGAAAGGCGGAGGCGAGAAGAGCCACCAAUCGAAAUCAAGCAAGCCAAGAGACUCAAAUGCAGAUGACCUUAGAUUGAUAGCACCGGUUCCACAGAAGGAGAAUGGUUAUUCAAGCGCUAGUGAGAAAGAGGAUGAAGAUCAAGAACAUGAUGGAAGAGAAACCAUGAAGAUAGAGUGUUGUGAUGAGUCACUUUGGAGAACCAACUACAACAAUAACAAUAAGGGUUCUUCAACCAACAGUAACAGCAUAGCAGUGCAGUCAAUAUGCUUUAGAGAUAUGGGGACUGAGAUGACACCAAUUGCUAGCCAAGAGCCUUCAAGAACCGCUACGCCGAUUCGAGCCACUACUCCGGCAACUAGGAGUCCAAUUCACUCUGGGGCUUCAACUCCGGUGAGGCCCCAAAAUGGUGGGAUGGAAUCUCAUUCUGGUGAGGGUCAUCAAGGAUCAUCAAACCCUUCUUGCAAGGUGUCUGAGAAGAAGGCUGAAGAUCAUGCAAGGAAGUUGAGCCCUCUUGAAAGCCGAGCAUUGGCUUGGGAUGAAGCAGAACGUGCUAAGUAUAUGGCCAGGUUCAAGCGUGAAGAGGUGAGGAUUCAAGCAUGGGAAAACCAUCAGAUAAGGAAAGCUGAAAUGGAAAUGAAGAAAACGGAGGUGAAAGCCGAGAGAAUGAAAGCUCUGGCACAAGAAAAGUUAGCAAAUAAGCUUGCUGCAACAAGAAGAAUAGCUGAAGAGAAGAGAGCUAAUGCACAAGUGAAGCUGAAUGAGAAAGCAUUGAGAACUACAGAACGAGCAGAUUAUAUAAGAAGAACAGGACAAGUUCCAUCUGCGUUCUCUUUCAGUUUCAACUGCAAGUUCCCUUCCCUUUGUUGCUGCUGGUAGCAACUAGGAACCAACUACAUGUGAUGUAUAAUAUUAAGGGAUAAAAUAUCUUAUGUUAAGUAUAGAGCCUUCUUAUUUUAGCUCAUUAUACUCGUGUUUCUUUGUGAAAUGAUUUUAUUACCUAAGUGAUGUUAUUCUUCCUCUAUUCCGAUGUCCAGAGAAAAAAAAAAACAAAGUACUAAUGUUUACCAUACAUGGUACAAAGCUAGCUGGGAAAUAAAAAGAUGCCCUU